AUGAGGAGGGAAAUAAUCAAGGAUAAGAUUGUCGAACUGAUCGCUCUGGUGGAGGCGGGUGCCUUCAAGGCAUUGCUGAAAUGUCUUGUGCCAGGCUAUGUGACUCUGACGAGGAAGACCAUUUCCAAUAGGAUAAAAUUAUUGUACGAGAACAAGAAGGAGGAGAUACGGGAGUCCCUCGUCAGCGUCCAGCACGCAUCAUACACUACAGACUGUAGGACGAGGAUUGUGUUGGGAGUUGGAGAGGAGGCAGACCAACCGCAGCGCCACACCACCGAAGCGCUCCAAAACCAGUUAGAGAGAGUCGUCGAAAACUGGGGCCUUCGAAGGAAGAGCGUGGCAAUGGUGCACGACAAUGUCGCCAACAUCUGUUGGAUCGGAGAGGGCAUUGACGCGGCUAAUGUUGGAUGCGCUGCACACACCUUGCAGCUGGGUGUGAACACUGCCCUUGACAGCGCACCACUAAUUCAAACCCUUUCGGCAGCGGCAUCACGGCUUGUAGGACAUUUCAAGCACUCGGCCGUUGCUACAAAGGCAGAUGGGUAUCGCGGAACACAAGCUUGUACAGUUGAUGAAGGUACGAUGGAACUCAACCUUUGA